AUGUUGAUGUACGGCGUGUUCCUGGGCCUGAACGUCUGGGGCGUGCUGCUUUUAAGUCUGGCUCUCGUCCUCCUGGUGUGCAGCGUGGGCAAAAAGGAGCCACCCGGCUUCCCGCGGGGGCCUCUCGCCCUUCCGCUCCUCGGGAACGUCUUCAACAUUGCCGUCAAGCAGCCUCACACGUACCUGACGCAGUUGGCCGACACCUACGGGAAUGUGUUCUGCAUCCGAGUGGGACAAGAGAAGACGCUGUUUGUGUGCGGGUGGAAGAUGGUGAAGGAAGUGCUCGUAACGCAGGCCGACGCGUUUGCCGACAGGCCGCACCAAGCCUUGUAUUCCAGACUGUACAAUCGACACACAGGGGGUCUUUUGUGCAGCAAUGGCAAGACGUGGAGGAGGCAGCGUCACUUCGCCAUGGGCACCCUGCGCACCUUCGGCCUGGCCAACGGCACCAUGGAGAGGAGCAUCUGCCGGGAGAGCCAACAACUGCACCAGGCCAUCCGCAAACACAAAGGUGAAGCGUUCGAGCCCGCGGCCUACUUGAACAGCGCGGUGGCGAACAUCAUCUGCCAGGUUGUGUUCGGAAGAAGGUUCGACUACAGCGAUCCCAACCUGCAGCAGCUGCACGCCACCAUGACCGAGAUGAUCUAUCUGGAAGGUUCCGUGUGGGCCCUGCUCUACGAUGCUUUCCCGGCUCUGCUGCAACGUCUGCCUGGGCCGCACAACAGAAUCUUCACCAACUUCCAAGCUUUGCAGGAGUUCAUCUGCGCCCAGGUAAAGAGCCACAAAUCGGAUUUGGACCCCAGCAACCCACGAGAUUACAUCGACGCCUUCCUUGUGGAGAGCAAAGACAAAGCGAAGGGUGAACUGGGCUUCACUGAAGAAAAUCUGGUUCUGUGCUGUCUUGAUCUGUUCAUCGCCGGGACGGAGACUUCCUCUAAGACGCUCCAGUGGGGCCUCAUCUUCCUCAUCCAGAACCCUCAAAUCCAGGACAAAGUCCAGGCAGAGAUCGAGAGAGUGAUUGGGCCGAGCCGCUUCCCCGAGAUGGCCGACAGAGCCCACAUGCCCUAUACUAACGCCGUCAUCCAUGAGAUCCAGAGGAUGGCCAACAUCAUUCCUCUCAACGGAACCAGAAUGGCCACCAAAGACACACAAGUGGGGGAGUACGUCAUACCCAAGGGCAGCACUGUAUUGCCCAUCUUGACCUCAGUGCUGUUUGACAAGAACGAAUGGGAAACUCCACAUACCUUCAACCCUGGACACUUCCUAGACGCCGAUGGCAAUUUUGUGAAGAGGAAUGCAUUCUUACCUUUCUCCGCAGGAAAACGUGCAUGUCUGGGCGAGGGCCUGGCCCGAAUGGAGCUGUUCUUGUUCCUUGUGGGCAUGCUGCAGAAGUUCAAAUUUUCCACUGUGGAAGGAGUCGAGCUGAGCUCCGAAGGAAUCGUCGGAAUGACGCGCACGCCGUACCCUUUUAAAAUCUGUGCCGAGACCCGUUGAGGGUCAUACGUGCACUGAAAUCUGUUGUGUUUUCAUUUCUUGCCAAAUUGAAGUUGAUGCUACUGAACGGAAGCAGGCAAAGUACAUCGUGACAAUCUAAAAACCAAUGCCUCAUGUUCUUCGAUUAUUCUUCAUCAGGCUGAACAACCCUGCAAGGGAUGAUAAUGGAUGCCAAUUCUUUGUUGACGUAUGUUUUAUGGAAGUAUACAUUUCAGCGUUAUACAUUGUCAUGUGCUGUAGCCUCGAUGUAAAGAUAGCCUACUCGAUAGUCCAGCUAAUUAUUACAAUCAACAAACGUCAUGCUUGCCUUUUGCUCCAUUUUGUUUGUUAAUGCUGCUUUAGUCACGUACCACUCGCUUGUAGUACAGCUACCCUUUUCCUGUUUACAGUCUUUUGACUAUUAGGAGAGGAGUUUGAUAUAAUGUGCUUUGGGGUGUUGCAUGCAUGAAACUUCAUUUUUUGUUGCCGCUAUUUCCCAUUUCUAAUGUAUUAAAAGUGCAUAUGGUUACUGAUUUUAUUAUUUCUUCUAAUCACAUUAAAACAUGUUGCAAUCCUU